AGAUGAAAUUCCGCUUUGCCCGAAGUUCCCCUCGGACGAACUUCCUCUAAACUUCGGGAUAUAACACGUCUACCCACUGACCCAGUUACAGACGAAGUGUUAGCUGUGGAACAUCGGCAUCACAACGAAAAUGGAAUUCAGAAUAAUUCUUUGUGUCUGCAUGACUUUGGUGGGCGCUGCCUUGGCUCAUCUAAACCACUUGUCACUUGACCGCGAAUGGGAUAGCUGGAAACUCGAGCACAGGAAGGAAUACAAUGGUUUGGGUGAGGAGUCCAUCCGCAGGAGCAUCUGGGAGAAGAACAUGCUGAUGAUUGAGGCCCACAACCAGGAGUACGAGCUGGGGAUCCACACCUACGAACUGGGCAUGAACCACCUGGGAGACAUGACCCUGGAGGAGGUCAGAGAGAAACUGAUGGGACUGCAGACGCCUAUGUACAGGGACCCAAACAACACCUUCACCCCUGACGUCAGGGACUACCAGAGGCUUCCCAAGUCUGUAGACUACCGCAAGCAGGGCUACGUCUCUUCUGUCAAGAAUCAGGGUGGCUGUGGCUCCUGCUGGGCCUUCAGCACUGUAGGAUCUCUGGAGGGUCAGAUGAUGAAGACCACGGGCCAGCUGGUGGACCUGAGCCCCCAGAACCUGGUGGACUGCGUCAAGGAGAACGACGGCUGCGGCGGAGGCUACAUGACCAACGCCUUCAAAUACGUCAUCAGCAAUGGCGGCAUCGACUCGGAGCAGGCCUACCCUUACGCGGGAGUGGACCAGGAAUGUGCGUACACUGAGUCGGGCCGGGCAGCCACCAUCAAGGGCUACAAAGAGGUCAAGGAAGGAGACGAGCGCGCCCUGACUGUUGCCGUGGCCAAAGUGGGGCCUGUGGCCAUUGGCAUCGACGCCUCUCUGGGCACCUUUCUCUACUACAAGAAAGGUGUGUACUUUGACCGCGACUGCGACAAAGAAAAUAUCAACCAUGCUGUUCUGGCUGUUGGUUACGGAGUCACCGCCAAGGGCAAGAAGUACUGGAUUGUGAAGAACAGCUGGGGUGAGGAAUGGGGAAACCAGGGCUACAUUCUCAUGGCACGCAACCGCAACAAUGCCUGCGGCAUCGCUAACCUGGCCAGCUACCCCAUCAUGUGAUCACCCCAGAGUUAUAGAGGAGGAGGAGGAAGAGGAAGAGGUGGAAGAUAUGGGGGAGGAGGAGGCAUAGGAUGUUGAAACACUUGAGGGGACUACGUCUAUUUAGACACCAAACUAUGUGUGUGUGUGUGUGUGUGUGUGUGUGUGUGUGUGUGUGUGUGUGUGUGUGUGUGUGUGUGUGUGUGUGUGUGUGUGUGUGUGUGUGUGUGUGUGUGCAUGCGUGCGUGCGUGUGUGCGUGUGCGUACGAGCCCUGUAUUUCCAGUGGGGUAUUCCAGAACUUACCUGGCUACUUACUGUACCUAUAUACCUAUUCAUCACUUACUUUGCUAUGUUACCUGAGAGUAAGUGGUAAGUAAAUCUACCUGUAGGAGAGCCGUUUGAAAAAAAAAGCCCCAUUGGGAAACUCCAACUCCCAUUGUCAUUGUGACACAGCACUCCACAGCACACAAGUGAGCACUGCACACUGCACACAACGAAAUUGCAUUUAUGCCUCACCCGUGCCACCCCCAUGCGUUCCCUGAUCACUUGCCUGAGUUUAAGUGUGAAGUAUGUGAUAAUGUGUGGUGUGCAGUUUCUGUCUGGUUGUGUGUGUGUGUGUACAUACUGUCCAAUUCAAGGUUGUUGUUAUUGUGCAAUGCAUAGAUACUCAUGUCUUCAGGAAAUUAAAAAGCAAUUCUCUUUGUACCUGUGCACAAAAUAUGCCUCCUGGUGAGGCUUAUUUGUUAACAAACAGAAGAAGUUUUUAUUUUUAAUCUGUGAAAAUAAAAUUUGAGUAAUAAACA